AUGGGUUAUCGCUGUCUUUUAUGCAACAAAGUUUAUGGUCGUUACAAUUCUGUUAGUUACCAUGUUACAAUUUAUCAUCGAAACCCCCCUAUACGAUGUGAGGAACAAGGAUGUCAGUUUACAACCCGUGAAGCUCGUUAUAUACACUUUCAUAAAUAUUAUCGCCAUCAAAUUGCACUACCGGAAUCUAUCGAUCUGGCUUCACGUAAAUGUCCUCUACUUGGUUGUAAACAUGUUUCAAAAAGUCCAGCAAUGUUAGAAAAACAUAUGCAACGACACGUUGCUGAUUGUCUUAAAGAAGGGGGAUCAUCUUCUAUUUAUAUUUGUAGAAUGCCCGUAAUUAAUGGAAGUAUUACAACAAAAGAAGAUGAAAAUAUGGAUAGCAUGGAAAAUAAUGAUCCAGAAAUUAAUAAAACUUUAAAUAUGGUUAAGUCUAUGAAGGAAAGAAGGAAUACUUAUUCUGGUGGUUGUUCUGGUUCUUCUGGGGGAGGGCAAUGCUUGUUUAAAGCAAAUUCGAGAGAGCUUAUGUACGCUCAUUUGUUAACCUGCCACUCCGCUUCAAGCGCCAGUACCACAACACUUUCUGCCGAUGCAGAAAAACGAGGUGUCGAAGAAGAUGACGAUGAUGAAACACGUUCUUUAGCUGGAGGAAAAAUGUCUGCAUCAGCCCCGAGUACACCACCAACCUCUUCUUCACAACUUCUAUCUCCUCUGCUUUCUCGUUUUCCAUGCAAUGAAUGCAACUUUAGGUGA